GGUCGUUCGGUUUUUCUGUGUUGAAUUGUUGCAAAAUGACUGCUGAAGUGGAUUUCGUCAAUAAAAAGGAGAUGCAUCUACGCACUCUGAAGCAAUCAGGCCAUGUGGGAUUCGAUAGCCUGCCUGAUCAAUUGGUCAACAAGAGCGUUCAGAACGGAUUCGUUUUCAACGUCAUGUGUAUAGGCGAGACUGGUCUUGGCAAAUCCACACUGAUGGACACGCUCUUUAACACGAGCUUUGAGUCGACGCCAAGCCCCCACACCCUGCCCAGCGUUAAGUUGAAGGCCCACACGUACGAGCUGCAGGAGAGCAAUGUGCGGCUCAAGCUGACAAUUUGCGAUACCGUGGGCUAUGGGGAUCAGAUCAACAAAGACGAUUCGUUCAAGGCGGUCGUCGACUACAUCGAUGCCCAGUUCGAGAACUAUCUGCAGGAGGAGCUAAAAAUCAAACGUUCGCUGGUCACAUGCCACGACAGUCGCAUCCAUAUAUGCCUCUACUUCAUUUGUCCGACGGGCCAUGGCCUCAAGUCGCUGGACUUGGUGUGCAUGAAGAAGCUGGACAGCAAGGUGAACAUUAUACCGGUCAUUGCAAAGGCCGACACCAUUUCCAAGGUGGAACUGCAGCGAUUCAAGGCGAAGAUCAUCCAGGAGCUGAACACCAAUGGGGUGCACAUUUAUCAGUUUCCCACCGAUGACGAGACCGUGGCCGAGACCAACACCAGCAUGAAUUCACACAUUCCCUUUGCCGUCGUGGGCAGCACAGAGUUCAUCAAGGUGGGCAACAAGUUGAUACGUGCCCGCCAGUAUCCCUGGGGCACGGUGCAGGUGGAGAACGAGACCCACUGCGAUUUUGUCAAGCUGCGGGAGAUGCUCAUUCGCACAAACAUGGAGGAUAUGCGGGAGAAGACCCACACGCGACACUACGAGCUGUACAGGCAGAAGCGCCUGGAGCAGAUGGGCUUCAGCGAUGUGGAUAGCGAGAACAAGCCGAUCUCGUUCCAGCAGACGUUCGAGGCAAAGCGCUCGAAUCAUUUGGCCGAGCUGCAGUCCAAAGAGGAGGAGGUACGGCAGAUGUUUGUGCAGCGGGUCAAGGAGAAGGAGGCCGAGCUGAAGGAGAGCGAGAAGGACUUGCAUGCCAAGUUCGAGAAGUUGAAGCGCGAUCAUGCCGAGGAGAAGCGAAAGCUGGAGGAGUCGCGGAAGGCUCUCGAGGAGGACUAUCUUGACUUUCAGCGGCGCAAGCAGCAGUUGGCCUCGGCCCACCACACGCUUACGCUGGGCAAAAGCAAGAAGAAGUAAGCGGGCGGACGAACCGUCGUCGUCGUCGUCUGCUCUAAGCAAUGUAUUGAGUAGUAUUUUGUGCGGUCUGCUUAUCCCAAAGUAAUUAUUGCUUUUUCAUCUCGUUGUAUUUCAUUUGUACUAUUAAGUUUACUUCAAAUAUUAACAUAUACACACACACACCAACAGA